AUGACACGCAAACGGUCUCCUCGCAGAAUUGCGUUCACAAUUCAAAAACUAAGGCAACUUUUCAAUUGCSWAUACMAGAYGSCUCCGAYAUGUCCUAUCUUUCCUACUCCAGAAGAAUGCCCAGAUGUACCAUACGACGACUGUUCAUCGGAUUCAGAAUGUUCAGAUCUCAGUAAUCACAGUGAACCGUACAAGUGCUGUAGUGAUGGAUGCGAUUUGCGAUGCGUUCCUGCGUUUGUGGAGCCCUCAGGACGGUUUAAGAUCUACGCCUCAAAAACCAUAUCAACCAAGAUUAAAGGCUGUGUUCAAUUCUCAUUCAGUAACGAAGAUCUUGGACUGACUAAUCUUAGUAGGAUCUCCUAUUUUAGUCAACCUAGCGACAACUGCACAAUAACUGCGAAUGUUACUGAGGAAGUUACUGGAAUAACAAAGUCAGGACGCACAGAAACCAAAAUAGAGCCGUUUAGAUUAAAGAUUACUUCUAACCGAGGCACAACAAGAUAUUUCCGGCCCGGUUUACCAUUCACUGAUGUGUUGUCAGUGACUACUAUUGAUGGAAAGCCCGCGAACAAUGAGAAAGUCAACAUCACAGCUCGUACUGAGGAUUUUUCUGUUAAAAUCUUUGAGAAGCAAUACACAGUUUACGAUGGAGUCAUUCAUUAUGAAAUACCUAAGAUACCCUCUAAUGUCAAGACUCUCUAUAUCCUGGCUAUGCAUCAUAAAAACAAAGAAUAUAUUCCAUCUUGGACACCAGGACCGCUAAUGAUCCCUACGCAUAAGCUUUCUAAGAGUUCAAGUUUCUUGUCAAUUAAAAGACAGCUAAAGACAAUGAAGGCUGGAGAAACUGCCAAAAUAGAUUUGAUGCUCACUGUGAGCGGAGAUGAAGAAAAUAAUGACUUUGUAUACCAAGUAAGUCAAAGCUCAUUGAAAAUAAAAAUUUGGCGAGUACUGACUAAAUUUCUCUGUUUUACGGUUUUGAAAAAUCGCCAAAUUUAG